AAAGAGAAAAAUCUCAGCCAAUAAGAAAACAAUUUCUCAGCAGCAUGUUCUCCACUGCCCUAACACUCCACCUCUUUCCCCUCCACAGAACCACCGAAUUCUCCCCCCACCACCACCACCACCGGAGCAGCCGCUACAGGCGUCCACACGGAAAGCCUCUGAGGAUUAAUGUGGCGAAAUUAUCUUCGAGCGUGAAAGAAGAAAUCGAGAAACCUCCACCGGUGUCAUCGGAGGGUUCCGAUGAGGGGAAUGAGGUGUUGACGAGCUGGGAGAGCAUAGGUCUGCCGCCGGUGACGGCGGCGAAGAGGGUGGUUCUAGUGAGGCACGGUCAGAGCACGUGGAAUGCGGAGGGACGGAUCCAAGGCAGCUCCAAUUUCUCGGUGCUCACUCAGAAAGGGGAAUCUCAGGCCGAGAUCUCGCGUCAAAUGCUUCUGGAAGAUUCCUUCGAUAUCUGCUUCUCCAGCCCGUUGAAUAGAUCGAAGAGAACUGCAGAGGUUAUAUGGGGUUCUCGUGCAGAGGAGAUCGUAACAGAUUACAACUUGAGAGAAAUUGAUCUCUACUCAUUCCAAGGUUUUCUCAAGAACGAAGGAAAGGCCAAAUACGGUGAGGCUUAUCUUCAAUGGCAAAUGGAUGCACCAAAUUUCAAUAUAGACGGUCAUUAUCCAGUUAGGGAAUUGUGGUCGAGAGCUAGAAGUUGCUGGAAGAAAAUCCUUACACACGAAAGCAGAUCGAUUCUUGUGGUUGCUCAUAAUGCCGUCAAUCAGGCUCUUAUUGCCACAGCUAUCGGAUUGGGCACUGAGUAUUUUAGGGUUCUACUUCAGAGCAAUUGUGGUGUUAGUGUUUUGGAUUUCAUCCCAAAAUCUGAAGGCGGGUCUCCAGAAAUAUGCGUUAAUCGUCUUAACCAGGUUAUUUGAAGUUCUUGGUGUGA